CAGUCAGGCUGCUGCAUCUUAGGUUGAGUCAGUGGUUGCCUGCCUGCAGCCCGGCCGGCAGGAUGAAGGCCCACUGGUGGUGCUGCGUGUUGGGAUUACUCUGCGUGCCUGCUGGGGUAAUGCUCAGCACCUCGAAAGGUAAGGGGGUCAGUAACAAUCCAACAGUUUCCCAAGACCCCACAUCCAUCUCCCUAAUGAGAAUCAACUCCUCUGCUGAGAUCACCUGCUCCUCAUCGCUGUCGGGCCCGAUGGGCUUGUACCUGUACAGGGGUUUUCCUGACAAAAGGAAGAUUGUGUUCCUGUCCUUGGACAACGGACAAGUCACCAAGAUUACGCCAGGAGCAGGAUUUGCAGGCCGAAUUGAGGUAGCUUCGCAGCAGCAGAUCGGUGAGGGCCACGGGUUCACCUUGAAACUGUCUCUGCUGGGACUGGAGGACACCAACCUGUACUACUGCAGCUGGGAAUACGUCAUAGUAAAGGCUGCACUGUUUGAGACCUGGCAGAGCCCUGGCACCAUUAUAAUUGUCAGAGAGAGAGACCCCCAGGAAGAAUGCAGGGACCACAUCCUGGAUCUCAUCCUAAUUGCCUUGAGCGCGAUAGGAUUCUCGGUCAUAUUGUUCCUCGGCAUUGCAGCACUGAUUUUGAGAUGCAAACGAUUCAAAAGGAGCUUCAGACCAGCCAGAGCUGUAAAACCGCCUAGACCCAGCAGGCCUCAGCAUGUCUGUCCUCAGCAGGGAGUUCGACAUUAUCCUUACUUAAUCACAUCUGCAAAUUCUUUGGAUUUCAGAGGCAUUCUGUGAAACUAGUUGAUGAUUAUAAGAGAUGACGAUUCUUUGAAACAGUCAUAAUCGAAUGUACAUUUAUUGACAUGGGGGGUGGAACAGAUGAUUGAGAUAUCAUUUGCGUCAACAGCUCGCCGGACGUUCUCAACCCAUGAAAGGUGUCUCAUGUGUUGCUCUGCUGCUUUUUCAUUUCCUUUUAAACACAAAUUUCUGUUUUGUUUGCAGAAAAAGUGAUUUAGCUACCACAUCCUGGCUGGUGUGGGGCCUACAGUUGCGAUGCGUGUGAAAACAAACUGCAGAGCAAGCAUUUUUGCUACUCCUUGGGUUGAAUUAAAUGCGGGCUGGAUCUGUUGAUUUUUGCAGUAUGCUUGUUCUUUGUGUUUCCUAUCAAUUCCUUUUGAACUUUUGUAAUGAAUGUGACCCACAGUUGUCUGUCUGAAUCCAUAUGUACAUUAAAUCUGAACUUUC